AUGGAGUAUUUCCCUGAUGAGACCAAUUCAACUGACAUACACUCUCAGCCUUCGUACGAACCCCCAGAAAUCCUGUCCAUGGUCAUUCUCAGCCUCACUUUCUUAUUGGGGUUGCCAGGCAACGGGCUGGUGCUGUGGGUGGCUGGCCUAAAGAUGAAGUGGACCGUGAACACUGUUUGGUUUCUCCAUCUCACACUGGCAGACUUUCUCUGCUGCCUCUCCUUACCCUUCUCCCUGGUUCACUUGGCUCUCCAAGGACACUGGCCUUAUGGUUGGCUCCUAUGCAAGCUCAUUCCUUCCAUCAUCAUCCUCAACAUGUUUGCCAGCGUCUUCCUACUGACUGCCAUUAGCCUGGACCGCUGCCUUCUGGUACUCAAGCCCAUCUGGUGCCAGAAUCACCGCAACGUGAGGACAGCCUUCACCAUCUGUGGAUGUAUCUGGGCGGUGGCUUUUGCAAUGUGUAUACCUGUGUUCAUGUACCGGGAAACGUUCCGCAUAGACAACCAUACUAUGUGUGGCUACAGUUUUGGUAGCAGUAGCUCACCAGAUUAUUCAGACUACAUUAAUGAUCAACUGGAAAAUGCGUCUCUUGACUACCCCAUUGUUCAGUGGCCUGGAGAAAUGAUUGACAGGUCAGAUGCUUUCUCUUCACAAAGAAAUGAUCAUCCUUGGACAACUACCACUCUCCCCCAUUCUGAAACAUUUCAAAGACCUCCUGGAGAUUCAGUCCCUGUGGAUUCAACUAGUCAACAUCCAUAUUAUAAUUUAAGUAAACCUGAUGAUGGGGCCUCCCCAACAAUCCCCAUUGGCCUUCCCAUUGAAGAUCACAGAAUUAACUCAACGGAUGACUCUGAUGCUUUCCUCUCUACCGAUUUAGAGCUUUUCUCUAGUACCUCUAGUAAUGCCCUAUAUACAAUUGAGCCAUCACAGUAUUUCCAGUACUAUACUUAUACUGAAGAUUUCAUUGAACAUGACAAUAAAGUUCCAACACCCAAGUUGAUAAUAACCAUCACUAGGCUAGUGAUGGGUUUCCUGCUGCCCUGUAUUGUCAUGGUGACCUGUUAUAGUCUCAUUAUCUUCCAAAUGUGGGGUCGCUCGAUCAAGGCUCAGAGCAAAACCUUCCAGGUGGCCAUAGUGGUGGUGGUUGUCUUCAUUGUCUGCUGGGCUCCAUACCACAUUUUUGGAGUCCUCUUUUUGUUUUAUGGCUCAGAGACUCCCUUGAAUGAAGCUCUGCUAUCCUGGGACAGUGUGUCCAUUGCUCUAGCAUCUGCCAAUAGUUGCUUCAAUCCCUUCCUCUAUGCCCUUAUGGGGAAAAAUUUUAGGGAGAAAGCAAGGCAGUCUGUGCAGGGCAUUCUGGAGGCAGCUUUCAGUGAGGGGCACACACAUUCUACCAGUUGUACCCAAAGCAAAGGCUUUUCUAAAACACACAGCAGUACAGCUGUGUGAGAAUAUGGAGCAUUUGACACAAGCG